AGUCAGUUCCCUGUAUAUAUACCCCACAGAAUGCCGCAUAAUCCUUCAUUGCUCUAAUGUUUUACAAAACAUCGACAUCUUAAAAAGCAUCAGUUAUCGGUAAGAAAGGACCGCAGAGUGAUUGGUGAUUUAAUAAACGUGCGCUGGUCCGCGAAGACGCACAACUUUAAAGGUGUUGGCGAGAAAACUAGCAUUUACAUUUAAAGUUUGGAUUUUUGACGUAAACGUUGUAUGUAGGAAGUGAAAAAAAUAUAAGACCGAGAGGAAAAUUUAAUAAAACUGGGGGUACUUGACCCGAUAGUGUUUUGAUUGGUCGCGAGAGUCACUAGUGCUCGCAAGGAAUAUAAAGGCUGUGACAUUAUUGUAUCGUCAUGUGAACGGGCCAUCAUGCUACUACUGUCGCCAUGGAUUCAGUGCUGAUGUGGCUCUUAGUAUUUACUAUGCUUCUGGCCGUGCAAGUCAAAUCUGUCCCGGUACAGAACAACAAAUCAGGACCCAAGACACGAACGUUCAGCGGCCAAAUUCAGAAUCAAAUGUCUCAAGUGACAAAAAUUGAAUCUGAAAAUAUGGAAAAGCCAAGGGACGCUUAUGUAUACAAUCGUGUUCAGUUAACGUUACCGUCUUCCGACAAAAACUCCGUGCUUUCACAAACAGACACACUGACAAAGUCUUCAAGGAGACACCGACGGUCUUCCAUUUUUUCAAGGUCAAUAGUGGUACAGGAAAUUCAUCGUAACAGUCAUUUAACAGACUGCACAGAAUGGGAGAAUCGCAGCUACUGCCAUAACGGGGGAAAGUGUGCUUAUAUUCCCAAACUAGACCUUAAAACAUGCAGGUGUCCUAUGAGCUAUACGGGGUCUCGCUGUGAGAUUUUUGACCUUCAGUUUUUCAUGAGUCAAAUGACCGCCUUCAAUCCAUUUAUGUUUAGUGGUUAAAGGAAAUAUGGGAAAGACAAACAGACUUUGUGAUAGUGCUGGACAUAAUGCACGAACAACGAGAGUUCGCCUGUCCGUCAUCGAACUAGGUCAUCCAAAAAUCGAACACGACCAGAAA